GAGACCUCUGUCGAAGUUUCCCAGGUAGCGAUCUUCGCCUGAUGAGAGCCGUCGUGUGUGUCGGUUAGCGGAGAGAGAACAGGAGAACCACAGCGGCAGGAUGGGGAAGAAACAGAAGAAAACCGGAGAGGACAGGUACAGAAACACCGCAUGCCCACGCACAAUACCUGUCCACUUUGACACUUGAAGAGCGCGAGCUGAACCGCCGCGUCUCCAACCGAAGACGGGCCCGUUAUCCCGCUGCUGACACUGUUAGCUUAGCGGCUAGCUGCGCUAUCUGAUGCUAACCACGAGUCAGUAGAAGUGUGUGUGUGUGAGAGUGUGUGCAGGUGAGAAUUUAAACAGCCUAAAAAUGGCUUAAGAUGAAUUACACAACCAGCAGGCGGGCUGACACCGGCUUACCUGGGCCAGGCCCGGCCUGUUUACCCUCCCCGACAGCUUUGGUCUCGGGUUUGUCGGUGUUAGCCUCUGAAAUCACUCUAAUUAGCUAGCUUAGCUCGAAAAGAACCGGUUACUGGGUGUUCUGGACUGACUUUGGACACCAAACUGGGGUCCAGUCUCAGGAACAGAGCAGGAACUUUGUGUGAGGAAGCUGCUGGUUAAACAUGGCUGUGAAUCAGGACAGCUGGAGGGCUGAUGUAACGCUGAUCAACUAUUGAUCAGUUCCACCCUCACUCACCCUAACCUGUAUGGACACAGGUAAAAAAGUCUGUGUGUGUGUCAGCUGUAUAUGUCUUUACCGAGCUUUACUCUCAGAUUAGAGGAACAUAGGGCUGGGUGAUGUGGGAAAAAGUUCAUCACAAUAUAUUUUUCAUAUCAGUCGAAAUCGAUAUAUAUCAUGAUAUAAAAAUAAAAUUCAUCAGUGUUUAUUGGUGGCAUGUCUUUUGGGAAACAAUAAGGUACUGCAUCUGUGAGAUCUUUGUAGGGUUGGGCAAUAUGGGGAAAAGCUUAUCAUACUCUAUUAGUCUAUAUCGAUAUAUAUCACGAUAUAUCUUUGUCAUAUCAGUCUAUAUCGAUAUAUAUCGCAAUAUUUUUUCCAUAUCAGUCUAUAUCGAUAUAUAUCACGAUAUAUCUUUGUCAUAUCAGUCUAUGUCAAUAUUUUUUUCAUAUUAGUCUAUAUCGAUAUAUAUCAUGAUAUAUUUUUUCAUAUCAGUCAAUAUCGAUAUAUAUCACGAUAUAAAAAUGAAAUUUAACAGUGCUUAUUUGUUGCAUGUCUUUUGCUAACAAUAAUCUACUGCAUCUGUGAGGUAUUUCUCAUGAUAAAAACAAACGGACAGUAAAGCAUCGAAAAGAGAGAAAUCAAGCGCCCCCCCAAAAAGUUAACCUGACAUAUUAACCUGCUAAAAGCUCAAGCACAGGAUCAGCUGUUCACAGAUCAGCUCCCUGUGUGUCAGAGGGAUGAUGGGAAAUAAAAGGUUGUGAAGGAAGUGGCGACUCGGCAGCUUUUUGUCUGUUCACAUUGUUCUGACAGAGAGAGAGAGAGAGGGCUGUCUAUUCUGCUGUCUCUCCACCUCACUGUGCACAGCCUGGAGUUGAUAACCCUGAUCUGAUAUUGAUCUCACGUGUCGAUUUGUGUUGUUGGUGAUUUUAUUUCUCUAGUGCCAAAGAUGACGGCAUUGACAUCGACGCUCUGGCGGCGGAGAUCGAAGGCGCCGGAGCCUCCAAGGAGCCAAAAGGGAAGAAGAAGAAGAAAGGGGCCAAAAAGGACGAUUUUGAGUACGUCACCAGACCUUCUCUUUUCCUGUGAUAAAAACAAUCUCAUAUUUUCUCUCUCUUCUUCGUGAUCUGUUUUUAAAGUUGUGUUUCUCCUCCUGCAGCGAGGACGACAUCCUGAAGGAGUUAGAGGAGCUGUCUUUGGAAACUCAGGGCGGGAAGGGAAAGGUAAACACACCUGCAUGCUUUUUAGUGAGCGCUUUCACGUGGACUUGAGCGGCCCUGUUGUGAUUGUUUUUUAUUUACAAAGAUCUGGUUAUAAACAUCAUUUUUGAUUCCAGAAACCAGGAUAAGUCUUUAUUUGUUUGGUGGUUGUUGUUGCUGAAAAUGAGCUGGAUACAUGAUAACUAUGUGCAACAGGUGGUCUCACGGUGGUCUCAUUUUCUCAGAUAUCAGAACUGCUGUGGGUUUUGUUGGAAGAAAUAAACGUCACAGGAAGCUGCAGAAAACAGAUGCAGGACCAGAAACUGAAUAACAAGUGUUUAAUAUGUAAACAGAGACAUGAAUAAGCAGGUUUCUCUCAGUGCGAGUCAAUAGUCUAUUACAAAUAUAAUUAAAACUAGGACUGAGACACUCAAGUCCAUGUCAACACAGUCACUGUUUCUCCGUCAGACCUCUGAGCUCCUCCUUCUGUCCUCUCAGCUUUUCAUCAGGUUGUGUUUCGUUCAAACUGAAGCCACAGAUUAUUUUAAUAUUUCUGCAACUGCUUCUCCUCUGCAGAAAUCAGACACCCCAGAAGAAGUCGAGAGUUACGAGCCUCCCAAAGAGAAGAAGAAGACCAGGAAGGGGAAGAAGGGCGGAGCCAGCCCUGAAGAUGAGGAGGUGGAUGAUGGCGAAGGUCGGGCUGAUGAAGAGAAAAACGGAGAGCAGAAAGACAGUAAAAAGGUGAGGAGUUUUGUUUACCUUCAUAAUCCAUCAAACUCUGAGACCUUUGUCCCUUCUGAUCCACCGUACCGCUCACUUCUUCAUGUUUCAUAUUUGAACCUUCUCUGUCUCAGGCGCCUCCUGCUGCUCCUCCUGCCGACUCCGAUGACGAGAGCGGCUCACGUUCUCGCCUCAAGACCAAAGGAAUCAAGAAAGGAGGCAAAAAACCGUCAAUGUCAGACGACGAGGACGACAAAGAAGAGGAUGAAGCUGCUAAGAAAGGAGGAGGGAAGGAGGACGAGUCAGAAGACGACGACGACGAGGAGCACGUCUCCAGGAGAGACAAGAAGAAGAAGAACAAAGGCAAAGCGGCCAAGGCAGAGAGCGAGGAUGAGGAGGAGCAGGAUGAAGAGGGAGGCGGCACCAAGAUGAAGACGGCGGCACAAAAGAAGGCAGAAAAGAAAGAGAGAGAUAAGAAGAAGAAGGAGGAGGAGAGGAUGAAACAGAAGAAGCUGAAAGAGAAGGAGGCCAUGACAGAGGUGAAGAAAGAGCCGGAGAAGACCACAGAAGCAGAGCCGUCUCAGGCUGCUCCACCCGCCACAGCGCCAGAGGAACAGGAAGGGGCGGAGCCAGCAGCAGAGGGUACGAGGGCAGAAACAGCAGUGAGAUCCCUCAGUACAGAGGAGCAUUAUGGGUAGAUUAAUUCUUCCUUCUUUGUUUCGUCCUUAUUUUCCUGCAGAGGAGGGCGAAGGUGACAAGAAGAAGAAAGACAAGAAGAAGAAGAAGGGAGAGAAGGAGGAGAAAGAAAAGGAGAAGAAGAAGGGACCCAGCAAGGCCACGGUGAAGGCCAUGCAGGAGGCUCUGGCAAAAAUGAAAGAGGUGAGUGGCAUUGUGGGAAAUGCAGUCAGAGCGGAGGUAUCGGGGCGUCAGUUUGAUGUCUUCAAGUUUUGUUUUUGUUCGUAGGAGGAGGAGCGAGCCAAGAGGGAGGAGGAGGAGCGGCUGAAGAGGCUGGAGGAGCUGGAGAAGCAGAGGCAGGAGCAGGUAAAACACCCACCGCCUCCUCAUUUAAGGUUUCUGUUUCAUCUGUCUGUCUCCUCUGUGACCUUUGACCCCGUCUGUGUCCGCCCCCCCCCGGUAGGAGCGUCUGGAGAUGGAGAGAAAAGAGAAGAAGAAGCAGAAAGAGAAGGAGAGGAAAGAGCGUCUGAAGAAGGAGGGGAAGCUGCUGACGAAAGCUCAGAGGGAGGCUCGAGCUCGGGCGGAGGCCACGCUGAAGAUGCUGCAGGCUCAGGGUGAGAGUCUGUGCUGAUCAAUCAGCCAAUCACAGGAGGGUCUGAUGGUCUGGGACGAUCUGCUUCUCUCCCGAUUUGAUUCUUCUACGAUUUAAAUCGCGAUUGUACGAUAUUGUCGCUUUUCUCGGUGUUUAGUCGGCAUUUUUAACUCCAGGGAAACAGCUGAAUGAUGACGAUUUUCUACUGACUAUUCCAGGAACCUCAUUUCCCCAAAAAAUACACAUCACAUUUAAGUCUGUUUUUAAGAUGUAUUCUUAAAUUUGACAAAAAAUCGAUUUAAAAAUAAAAAAUUGUGUGCUUUUGUAAAUCGAUUUUUCCUCCCACUGCAUUAUAAUUCAUUUACCCUUAUAUGUACCGUAAAUCCGCUCUCUGGUUAUUAUUCCUUCACUUUCUCACUUCUGUUCAGUAUUAUUGAUUAUUGAUCACUUUGAAUUUCCUUUAUCCUGAUUGUGUUUCUUGUGAAAUGACCGUUUAUUGACAUCAUAUCCACUCAAAGCUUAUCCGCUGUUUUUGUUCUCAGGUGUUGAAGUGCCAUCCAAAGACUCGAUGCCAAAGAAGAAGCCGGUUUACGGAGACAAGAGGAAGAAGAAGCCCAACGCUCAAACUCCUGAAGGUACCGCCGGCUCACUCUGACCCAAAACACACACUCGACAACAGCCUCAUUUUUCAUCGUCUUUAUCUCUGGUGUAGAAACUUCCGAGGUGACGUCACCCACGUCUGAGACUCCAGAACCUGUUGCCGUGGAGAUGGAGGCUAAAAGCCCAGCUGCAGAGCCAGGUGAGUCAAAGGAGGACAGGUAAAGACAGAGAGGUGGAUAAAUGAGGAAUUUUCAUCAUGACAAAGACGUCUUUUUUUUGGUCCCGCAGAGGUGAAGCCAGAGGCCGCCGUGGACGACUGGGAGGCCAUCGCCACUGACGAAGAGAAAGGUCAGACGAUGACUCAUACAGUCCCGUUCAGGUGAGACUGAAGCACACAGACUUGAUUUACAUUCAAACUUUGUGUGUCAGAGCUGAAGAAGGUCCACAUCGAGGUGAAAGAGGACACGGCCGCUCCUCCUCAGCCUGCAGGCAGCGAAGAGGAAGAGGAGGAGGAAGAUGAGGAGGAGGAGGAAGAAGAGGAUGAAGAAGAGGACGAGGAGGAAGAGGAGGAGAGCGAAGAGGAGGCAGAGAAAGAGGCGUCAACAACCAGUCAGGCAAAGAGAAGGGCGGCGAAGGAGAGCGAAGAUGAAAGCAGCGAGAGCGACGACGACGGGAGGACGAAGGAGGAGCGUCUGUAUGACCGAGCGAAGAGGAGGAUAGAGGUGAGAGAGGAGGGGCUGAGGUGGGCAGAGUCCUUUUAGGGGUUCUUGUCUUAACUUGUGUGUGUGUUUGAAAACAGAAACGCAGAGCAGAGAACCUCAAAAACACUGAUGUAGACACCCUCAGAGCUCCGGUGGUCUGUGUGCUCGGACACGUCGACACGGGGAAGACGAAGAUCCUCGACAAGGUAAAUCUGCUCGCUGUCGGCUCCACAGACCGGAGCACUCAUGUCCAGUUUCUGUGUGUUUGUGUGUUUUGUUUAAUGCCGUUGUUGUGUGUUGUAGUUGAGACACACACAUGUCCAGGACGGUGAGGCUGGAGGAAUCACUCAACAGAUCGGCGCCACGAAUGUCCCCAAAGAGACGAUUGAGGAGCAGACAAGGAUGGUUAAAAACGUACGACAGACACACACUCACUCACACACACUCACACACACAUCAGUGUUUAUUCAGGGCAACUUCAUAUUCAUCCCUUUUUUUGGGGGGGGGUUCAGUUUGAAAAGGAAAAUCUGAGGAUCCCCGGCAUGUUGAUCAUCGACACACCAGGACACGAGUCCUUCAGGUAACACAAACACCCACAAACAGAAUAAUCUCCCCUGAAAGAAUAAGAUCCACUCGAGUUUUUGUUGUUUUUGUCUUCAGUAACCUGAGGAACAGAGGCAGCUCUCUGUGUGACAUCGCCAUCCUGGUCGUGGACAUCAUGCACGGCUUGGAGCCUCAGACGCUGGAGUCCAUCAACCUACUGAAGGAGAAGAAGUGUCCCUUCAUCGUCGCCCUCAACAAGGUCUGUUCCUCCCUCUGAGGUCUUCCUCCUCCUCCUCCUCCUUCUUCUUCUCUUGUUUCCUGACAGCUUUUUUUGCAUCAUCAGAUUGAUCGUCUUUACGACUGGAAGAAGAGUCCGGACACGGAUGUUGUGACCACGCUGAAGAAGCAGAAGAAGAACACUAAGGAUGAGUUCGACGAGAGAGCCAAGGCUGUCAUCGUGGAGUUCGCUCAGCAGGUGUGGAUCAUUACAUCAUCACGUAUCAACCAAUCACAGCAGGAGACACCUGACCUCCACCCUGUCCAGAACAAACAUCAGUGUAUAACAAUAAAUAGACAGUGGACCCAGUUUUGAGCCCUGAGGAACCCCCCAGAUCACCUCAAAUACUCCUCUCUCUCCUCAGGGUCUGAACGCUGCGUUGUUCUACGAGAACAAAGACCCCCGGACCUUCGUGUCGCUGGUUCCAACCUCGGCCCACAGCGGCGACGGGAUGGGAAACCUCAUCGCCUUAUUGGUUGAGCUCACUCAGACCAUGUUAGCACGCCGGCUAGCGCACUGUGACGAGCUGCGAGCGCAAGUCAUGGAGGUAAGACCGUCUUAUUUUGCAGUUUCACUUCCUGCUCCACAGUCCGGGUGGACUCACCUGGCUGGUUCUGUGCGUUCAGGUGAAAGCUUUACCCGGGAUGGGAACCACGAUAGACGUCAUCCUGAUCAACGGGCGCCUGCGGGAGGGAGAGACCAUCAUCGUCCCGGGGGUGGAGGGACCAAUCGUCACACAGAUCAGAGGGCUGCUGCUGCCUCCACCGUUGAAGGAGCUGAGGGUCAAGGUAAAUGGAAAUACCCUUUCAAAAUAAAAGCUUUGGCCAUAAUGAAAUAAUAACUCAGUGUUUUAUCUGCUGUAUGAGUGAUUUAUUGAUUUGUUUAUUGAUUGGUUGAUUUUUAUAGAGUCAAUAUGAGAAGCACAAGGAGGUGUCGACGUCUCAGGGGGUGAAGAUUCUGGGUAAAGACCUGGAGAAGACGCUGGCGGGGCUUCCCCUGCUGGUGGCACACCGGGAUGACGAGAUCCCUGUCCUGAGGGUAACACACACACACACACACACAUUUGCACACACUUAAUUUUAUUCUUUCAUAUUAAACAUCAAAAAGGGUGAAGUUAAUAAGGAGUCAUUUAUCCAAGUUAUGGGUCUGUUAAAGCGGGUUGAACCGGGUUUGUGAGUCUUCCCCGUGGACUGACUGGUUCUGGUUUUCAGGACGAACUGGUACGAGAACUCAAACAGACUCUGAGCUCCAUCAAACUGGAGGAGAAAGGAGUCUACGUACAGGCGUCCACGCUCGGAUCGCUGGAGGCUCUGCUCGAGUUCCUGCGAACGUCUAAAGUCCCCGUGAGUACCUGACCGACCCUCCACCUGUCUGACUCUAUUUUUUAAUGAUAGUUUGUCCAAGAAUCAACAGGAAUUAAGAGCUCAAACCCACAGUGGAGCUGACCUUUGACCUCUGUUGUCCCGCAGUACGCUGGUAUUAACAUCGGUCCGGUUCACAAGAAGGACGUCAUGAAGGCAUCGACGAUGCUGGAGCACGACCCUCAGUACGUCUCUGUUUCUCUCUCUGUCUCUUCUGCUUUCUGAACGACUUUAACAUGAAAUCAUCAAAAAUAAACUUUAAAACACGACAGUCAAGAAAAGACACUGAGAGCACAAAACUCACAGGGGCGAAUAUCAGAAAAUCACUUUUUUCAUUCAGACUCAAGUAAUCGAUGAGGUUUGAAUCAUUACUUCUUUAGAGGAACUUGCGGCAUGAAGCUGAUCUUUCUGACAGACUGUGACGCUGCAAACAUUUCCUCUCAUGUUUAAUCAAUAAAAUAACUCAGUUUGUCCAGCAGAGGGCGUCUUCUGCACAGACAACUACUUAUCAGAGUCAGCAGUGAGGCGUGAUUGCUCUCAUCAGGGCUCAUAUUUACUGAUACCAAUAAGAUAAGAAGAACUUUAUUGAUCCCCAGAAGGAAAUUCAAUAUUCAUGUUAUUUAUAUUCAUCAUUAAAAACUAUAAUAUUUAUCUGAUUCAUGGUUGUAGCUCCAGUUUUGUACAUUUGAGCGUACUGAUUUACCAGCGGGUCCAUUUAGGUGGUUUAAAGGUUGAUCUGGUGUCGUCGUGCUCACAGGUACGCAGUGAUCUUAGCGUUUGAUGUGAAGGUGGAGAGAGAGAGUCAGGAGAUGGCCGACAGCCUGGGCGUUCGGAUCUUCUCGGCUGAAAUCAUCUACCAUCUGUUCGACGCGUUCACCAAAUACAGAGAGGACUACAAGAAGGCCAAACAAGACGAGUUCAAGUACGAGGACCUCCCUUGUUCCCGGUGUGUGUGAGGUGAUUCUGUCAGAGUGAAGGUGGAGCUAACGUGUCCCUCUGUCUUCGUCUGUUUUCAGACACAUAGCCGUGUUCCCCGUGAAGCUGCGUGUCCUUCCUCAGUUCAUCUUCAACUCCAGAGAUCCCAUCGUCAUGGGCGUGACUAUCGAAGCCGGAGUCCUCAGACAGGGAACGCCGCUCUGCGUCCCCAGUAAAGGGGUGAGACAUUUGGAAAAGCUGAGUGUGUGUGUGUGAAUUUUCAGUUUGUAAUAAAUUCGAGUCAUUGUUUGAACUCUUUCCUUUCAGUUCGUGGACAUCGGCGUGGUCACCAGCAUCGAGGUCAACCAUAAAUCUGUGGAAGUCGCCAAGAAAGGACAGGAGAUCUGCAUCAAGAUCGAGCCAAUUCCCGGGGAGUCGCCCAAAAUGUACGGUCGCCAUUUUGAAGCCACUGACGUCAUCGUCAGCAAGGUAAGGACACGACCGUCAAGGGAGGAGUGGCGAAACACACAUUUCCCACAAAACCUUGCCGCGAUCAAAGAACUACAACGUUUGAGAGCUGCGUCCUCCAUCGAUACACGAGCAAUUUUUCAAAAUCGUGAUUAAUUUUCGGUCUCGUCAACACAAGAAUGGAGAGAGCGAAGACAGAGAGGAAGAAUUGAAGGGAAAGACGAGGAGUGAAGAAAAGUAAGUAAGAGGGAAAGAAUUAAGGAAAGAAGGGGAGUUUCUGUCCUUGAGAAGUUGAGCUGUAGUUUCAACUUGGAGGUUUAAAGAUAAUUCAGAAGACAGAUUAUUGCAGCUGAUCUGAAUGGGAUUGAGCUCGUUUAACGAUGAUACAAGUUUGAUUUUCUGUUCCUCUUUUUACCCCUCAGGGCUUUUGUCGUUAAAAACUUGCCAUUAUUUUGCUUCUUAAAUCUACAAACACGUACACACUGUUCUCUCAGACCCCUUUAAACAUCUUGACUGCUUAUAUUUUUCACUCAGAUCACACGUGCGUCCAUCGACGCUCUGAAGAACUGGUUCAGAGACGAGAUGCAGAAACCCGACUGGCAGCUCAUCAUGGAGCUGAAGAAGACCUUUGAGAUCAUCUGAGGGACCUGAACGCACAGAUUAUUAACACACACAUGUAAACACACACACGCGCUCCCUCCCUCAGAUGAAGGAGGUAAAAAAGUAAUGAAAAAAAAAACAACUCAAAAAGAAGUGAAAGUGUUUUUCUGUGAGAAACGAACUGUGUUUUCCACUGUUGUAAACAGUGAUAGUUUAGACCACACACUCAUACACACAAACACACACGUACAUGCAUUCAUACACACAAAGACACACAAACACACACUCAGUAUUCCAACGUGCCUGUUCUUCAGCAUCAACGUUGUUAUUUUCUUCUUCUCUGCUCUGAUUUGUGGCUGCUGCUUCGUGUCCCUGGCUCCGCCCUCUUCCUCCCUGACUGAGGUUAACGAGCUCAAUGAGGCCGACCAGUAUUCAGCCCAACCAGGUGCAUUGUGGGAUUGUAUUGCACAGCACCAGGGCUGAAGGAGGAGCAUUAUUUUCCUUUCAUAAAACACCAAAUCAUCCACGCAGCAGCGACAGUGUCGACUUUAAAGACUUUAUCGAGCUGACUCGGUCGGCGAUGCGGUUUGUCGGUCGUGUUGGACGGCGCAGGGUGGAGGUUGAAAUGACAGGGGAGAUGACCUCUGGGAGAUUUUAAACUGUUUUUGCUGCAACUGCUGAUGUAAUAAAUUCUCAUGAUUCUGAUCAAACUGCA